AUGAAGUUAUACGCGCUAAUUUUCAUACUUUGUGCGUUUUAUGUAUCAUCUGGACAAUGUGCAACGCCUACUAAUAAUCCUGAAUGCCAGAGCCUUUCAGAUCUCAUCAAUAAUCUAAAGCAAAACUUUGAUCGGAUACCCUUGUCCUUAAUACCAAUUCCAGGACUUGAUCCGACAAAACCUAACACUCUAAAAUGCUAUGAAUUUUCUAAUUGUACUGGAUUUAACUGUAGCGGAAAAGUUUAUGGCAGACAAAUUCAAUUCUCUUUCGAUAUGAGUUACUGCGCAAAGCCAAUAACGGCCUACAUUUCGGCAAAUUAUCCAUCUGAAAACAUUACAUUCAGUCAGAAGAUACGCCAUGCAGAGGAGUUUUAUCUCACUCAAUUUACCUUUAACGUGCCAAACACUAAUAUCACUGUUCCUGUAAAAUUGUAUGGUAAAAUUAAUAUGGUUCGCUCUCCCGGAAAAGUGACGGUUACGGCUGGUAUCGUACCAAAAUUUAAUUUAUUAUUCCCAAUACCUUUGCAAUCAUUCAACCUGGUCAAUAAUCAAGUUAUUAGGGUUAACACUGCCGUAUGUGGAGUAUCGAAACUUACAACAGCUAACCAUGCUGAUUGUGAACAAGAAUUAAGUUACCAUUUACCAUCACAUUUCAAUUUAGACGAAGUUGCAACAACAUCAUCGACAUCAGGACAUGGUAGUAGCAGCCCAUACUCUGGCAUGUCAACUAUGCAAGGAACAUCUACCAAGCAAGCGAUUGGAAGUGGAGGGCUAACAGGAGGCGCGAUUGCAGCAAUCGUGACAUCAGCUGUUGCCAUCGUAGUAGUCUUUAUUGUCGGUGUUUUACUGCAUUUCAAGAGGUCUAAAAGGAAUAAUGGCUAUCCAUUAACAGAAGAAAAAGAAAAAGAAAACGUAACGAUGUAA